CGCAGAUUCCAUCACAAAUCCGCAACGCAGCAAAAAAUAGAAAUACAACCGCCUGCAACACGCGAGGAAGCACGCACGCAGGCCGCAAAUCCACCGUAGGCAAGAGCGCGCGACGUGCCCAUGGCCACAGUGGAGGUGUUGUCAUCGGAGGUGGUCGUCCCCGCCGAGGAGACGCCGGCGGGCGCCGUCUGGCUAUCCAACCUCGACCUGGCCGCGCGCCGCGGGUACACGCCCACGGUCUACUUCUACCGGGCGGACGGCAAGCCGGGAUUCUUCGAAGCCGACGCUGUCAAGGACAGCCUCGCGAGGGCGCUGGUGGCGUUCUACCCACUCGCCGGCCGCCUCGGGCUCGACGACGACGGGCGCGUCCAGAUCGACUGCACGGGGGAGGGCGCGGUCUUCGUGACUGCACGGUCGGACUACGUGCUCGAGAACCUGAAGAACGAGUUUGUUCCGUGCAACGAGAUGCGGGACCUGUUCGUGCCCGCGACGCCGGCGCCGAACCCGCCGUGCGCUCUGCUGUUUGUGCAGGUCACGUACCUGCGGUGCGGCGGCGUCGUGCUCGGCCUGGCCCUGCACCACUCGGUCGUCGAUGCGAGGAGCGCGGCGCACUUCGUAGAGACGUGGGCGAGCAUCGCCCGCGGCUCCACCGGGGACGAGCCCUUGCCGCCCAGCUUUGACCACAGGCUUCUCAGCGCGCGACCGACACGCACGGUGCUCUACGACCACCCGGAGUACAAGCCCGAGCCGGCGCCCGUGCACGCGGUCACCGGAUCCACCUACGAGAGCGCUAUCAUCACGCUGACCAAAGCACAGGUGACCGCGCUCAAGGCGCGGUGCGCGGGGGCGUCCACGUUCCGCGCUGUGGUCGCGCUCGUGUGGCAGUGUGCGUGCCGCGCACGGUCGCUGCCGCCGGACGCAGAGACGCGCCUGUUCUCCAUGAUCGACAUGCGCGCGCGCCUGGCUCCGCCGCUCCCCCCGGGCUACUUCGGAAACGCGGUGAUCCGCACGUCAACACUGGCCACGGUCGGGGAGGUGGUGGCCAACCCCGUGGGCUACGCCGCGCGCCGGGCGCUCGCGGCGACGAGCCAGGGUGACGACUACGCGCGGUCGCUGGUGGACUACCUGGAGGGCGUGGACGCCAUGAACCUGCCGAGGAGCGGCAUCUCGCGGGCGCACCUCCGGGCCAUCAGCUGGAUGGGCAUGUCCCUGCACGACUCCGACUUCGGGUGGGGCGCGCCGGUGUUCAUGGGGCCGGCGCUCAUGUACUACAGUGGCUUCGUGUACGUGAUGCAAGCCCCAGGGAAGGAUGGCGCCGUUGCACUCGCGCUGUCGCUGGAGCCCGAGAGCAUGCCGGAGUUCAGGAAGGUGUUCACCGAGGAGCUGGCGCGUCUGCUGAUGUAGGUAGGCUAGCUAGUAGCACAUGCACAGCCGUGCAUAUGUUGUAGGUCGGUGGGGAAGAUUUGCAUACUUUAAGCUAUCAUAAAAACAUGUCACAUCACUACAUUUGGCAUGAAUCGGAGUACCACGUGAAUUGGUUGCAACAAAUGUUAAUAGCCCUGUGAUA